UAAGCCAUUCUUAUAGACCGUGGCCGCCAUUAGAAGAUGGCGCCGGCUUCCACUGUGGCCUGUGAUAAACAACUCCUUUUUUGGAGAGUUGGCGCGCAAUCCCUUACCACCCUAUGAGAGAGAUCCACGUGGCAGCUUGGGAUUGGUAUGCGGGAGGCUUUAUUAGGCUGUGCUUGGGCGCUCGGCGGGGGGUCGCUAGAAGAUGAUACUUGAAUCAAGGCCUGAAUAAACUGCUGAAAGAAGAAUCCUGUGUCGUGUUUUCCCUUGCCGGCGAGGGGUCGCGACAAUUGGUGGCCAGGACGGGGAAUUAUAUUCCUCGAACCCAGGAUCCAGAACUUUCAGCAGUCAGGGUGGUGCACCGGUAAGUUCCCAGGUAAAGUGGGAAUCCGCAAGCAAAUAGCGGGGCGCUCUCUCUGUAAAUAGAGAGAGAGCGGGAAAAAGGGACGCUCCCCUGUAAAAGGAAGAGAGCGGGGAAUUCAUAGAACGGAACGCUCCCCUGUAAAAGGAAGAGAGCGGGGACUUUUGUACUUUCACUUUCUUUAUAGCUCUAAAAACAUUAUGGGCGUUGCUUCUUCAAGCCCAAUUUUGUUGGCCCUAGAUGGGUUGUUACAUUCAAAAGGACUUAAGAUAAAGCAGAGUACUUUGCAGAUGUUUUUAAGAGAAGCUGAUAUAGCGGCUCCUUGGUUUGCUUUUUCAGGGAGUCUUACGAUUCCUAGCUGGGACAAAUUAGGGAAAGAUCUAGAUUUCGCUCGUGAGCAAGGCACCUUAGAGGGUGGCGUUAUACCACUUUGGAAGUUAGUUAGAGGAUGUAUAACAGAUGGUAAAUGCCAGGAAGCUGUGAGUGAGGGUCAAGCUAUUCUUGAGCAACUGCAUGAGGAAAAAUCUGAAGGAUCAUGUAGUGAAGUGGCAGAGAGUAUUAAAAGUAACAGUAGUGAGAAGGCAAAAGAGCCUGAAGAUAAAAAUAGGAGAAGGCUCUACCCAGACUUGACCGAAUUAAAAACGCCUGAGAACACAAGCGACUCAGAGAGUUCUGAGGACCUUGAUAUAUUGUUACAACAACUACAUAAGAUAAAAAUGAAAAAGAAGAAAAAGGAGACACAGGGCACGCAGGCCUACUGUAAGAAGGGGAAGGGAGUUAACAUCGGUCAACAAAACUCUGAGGAGGAGCAGGUAGAAUAUCUAGAAGAAGAUAUGGUGCCGAUUGCCCCACCUCCGUAUGUGGGGGGGAGCCAAGGUUCCGGGAGAUCUUUUCAUGCACAAGUUUGGAGGACAGUUAAUACAGAUAUGGGACUUGCAUACCCUGUAUUUCAGGACAAUAACAGGGGAAGAUAUCAUGAGCCUUUAGACUUUAAGAUAAUUAAAACCUUGGCAGAAUCUGUCCGCACUUAUGGCAUAGAUGCCGCUUUCACUCUCACUCAGGUGGAGGGACUUACUAGAUUUUGCAUGACUCCCUCAGAUUGGGCUAGUCUAGUCCGCGCUUGUGUUUCCCCAGGGAAAUAUUAGGAGUCCAAAGUUGGCUGUUUAAUGUUUCUGGCAGUACCCAAGACUCGGAGCGAGAUUUUAUGAUUCCAGAAAUGCCUCCCGCAUCAUCGGGGAGUAUCUAUCCGGAACCUGGUCCAUGGAAGCAGAAAACUUGAUCCAGUCUCAACUAACUCAGAUUGCUGUUUUGAAUAGCACCCGUGUCGAACCAGUGACUUUGGGUCAAUUCACCAGUUGGCUAUCCUCUGCCUUUUCCUUUUUUAAGGAAUGGGUGGGAGUGGGCAUUUUUGGGGCAAUGUGUUGCUUCGGUGUUGUACUUUGUUUGUGGCUUCUCUGUCGCCUUAAAACUCGCCAUGCGCAAGAGAAGGCUAUGAUCGUACAGGCUCUUGCGGCCUUAGAAAAUGGCAUUUCUCCACAAAUCUGGCUUGCACAUCUUAAACAGUGAUUUCUGGGCAUGGCCAUUGCACCCCAAGUUAGUUUCACAUUGCACUGGGAUUGGCAUGUCCUCUUCCUUAUUCUCUCCCAGUGCUGAAUAGCCCUUGCACUCUGCAGGUCUUGUUACCAUUGCACGCAGAUGGGUUUCAGGACUGGUCUUUCUUCUCGGCUACAGACUCUUUACCUUCCUCUGGGGUUUAGGGAUUGUGUUGCCAACUUAAAUUUUGUCAUUACUACCAGGCUACCUGUGUUAUCCUACUUCUCGCCGUCAUCACGAUGCAGGAUGCGAGGCAAGGCACUGCACUUGAGUGAUCCCUCAACGGACCUCAAGGAAAGCAUGUCCUAUUGCAUGCGGGUUUGACGUCCACGCCCCGCCCUACGAAAAAAGGCGUCGGCUGAUAUGGGACCAGGUCUAGGGAAGGGCCCUCCUUAGGACUGAACCAUACAUUGCAGCCACUUCUGCACAGUGGGAUAGGACCUCUACUUUCGCCUGCAUUGUUUUAUAAAAUAGAAGGGGGAACUGUGGUAAGCCAUUCUUAUAGACCGUGGCCGCCAUUAGAAGAUGGCGCCGGCUUCCACUGUGGCCUGUGAUAAACAACUCCUUAUAUGGAGAAUUGGCACGCAAUCCCUUACCACCCUAUGAGAGAGAUCCACGUGGCAGCUUGGGAUUGCUAUGCGGGAGGCUUUAUUAGGCUGUGCUUGGGCGCUCGGCGGGGGGUCACUAGAAGAUGAUACUUGAAUCAAGGCCUGAAUAAACUGCUGAAAGAAGAA